AUGAAGUUCUUUCUAUUGCUUUCAGCCAUUGGGUUCUGCUGGGCUCAGUAUGCCCCAAAUACCAAAUCUGGACUGACAUCUAUUGUCCACCUGUUUGAGUGGCGCUGGGUUGAUAUUGCUCUUGAAUGUGAGCGAUACUUAGCUCCCAAAGGAUUUGGAGGGGUUCAGGUCCAUAUUUAUGUGGAUGCUGUCAUUAAUCAUAUGAGUGGAAGUGGUGUGGCUGCAGGAACGAGCAGUACUUGUAGAAGUUACUUCAACCCUGGAACUAGGGAUUUUCCAGCAGUCCCAUACUCUGCUUGGGAUUUUAAUGAUGGUAAAUGCAAAACUGGAAGUGGAGAAAUUGAGAGCUAUAAUGAUGCUUCUCAGGUCAGAGAUUGUCGUCUGGUUGGUCUUCUUGAUCUUGCACUGGGGAAAGAUUACGUGCGCUCCACAAUUGCUGACUAUCUAAACCAUCUUAUUGACAUUGGUGUAGCAGGGUUCAGAAUCGAUGCUUCGAAGCACAUGUGGCCUGGAGACAUAAAGGCAGUUCUGGAUAAACUGCAUAAUCUGAACACAAACUGGUUCCCUGCAGGAAGUAAACCCUUCAUUUACCAGGAGGUAAUUGAUCUGGGUAGUGAGCCAAUUCAAAGCAGUGAGUACUUUGGAAAUGGCCGUGUGACAGAAUUUAAGUAUGGUGCAAAACUAGGCACAGUUCUGCGCAAGUGGAAUGGAGAGAAGAUGGCUUACUUAAUGAACUGGGGAGAAGGCUGGGGUUUCAUGCCUUCUGACCGAGCACUUGUCUUUGUGGAUAACCAUGACAACCAGCGAGGGCACGGAGCUGGGGGGGCAUCUAUUCUUACAUUCUGGGACCCCAGACUAUACAAAAUGGCAGUUGGAUUUAUGCUUGCUCAUCCCUAUGGAUUUACACGAGUCAUGUCAAGCUACCGUUGGGCAAGACAUUUUGUGAAUGCAAAUACUACUUGUGGCAAUGACUGGGUCUGUGAACAUCGAUGGCGUCAAAUAAGGAACAUGGUUAUGUUCUGUAAUGUAGUUGAUGGCCAACCUUUUACAAACUGGUGGGAUAAUGGUAGCAACCAAGUAGCUUUUGGAAGAGGAAACAGAGGAUUCAUUGUCUUUAACAAUGAUGACUGGGCAUUAUCUUCAACUUUGCAAACUGGUCUUCCCGCUGGUACAUAUUGUGACGUUAUUUCUGGAGAUAAAGUUCGUGGUGAUUGUACAGGAAUUAAAGUCUAUGUUUCUGGUGAAAAAAAAUAA